AUGGCCGCGUGUGUUGUGCCAGCUGUAGGCAAUUAUGACGUUUGUGUAGCCGAAGUUUUUGGAGCUACUAUGCUCUUUAAGGGACACGAAAUCCUACUAGCAUUCAAGACACUACAGCGUUGUGGCAUCAAAGCUGGCUAUCUACGUGGUUCCUUAUUGGAGGGAAACAGGGGGAACUACUUUGGAGCUCCGAUCUACGAAGUAGGAGAACCGUGCUCGAAGUGCAACUGUGAGGGCUGCAAAUGUAACAAAGAUGAUGGUCUCUGUGUUACACCAUAA